AUGUCAGCUUCCACAGGACAUCUCUCUCCUCCAAAGAGCUUAACCCCCAAAAUGUCCUUCCCCGGUAGCUCUCCUGCGGCCAACACCUUCUUGGUGGACUCUUUGCUUGGUGCGUGCAGGACGGACAGCUUUUACUCCGGCAGCAGCAACAUGUACAUGCCGUCCGGCUCAGACAUGGGAACUUACGGAAUGCAAACCUGUGGACUCCUGCCGUCUUUCGGCAAGAGAGGGGAGGUCAACCACCAAAACAUGGGCAUGAACGUGCACUCCUACAUACCUCAACUAGAGAACUGGACUGAUCCGAGCAGACCCUGCAGGAUAGAGCCGUCCAGCCAGAUGACAAACUGUUCCUUCUCCCAGAGCAUAAAGGAGGAGAGUAACUGCUGCAUGUACUCGGAUAAGAGAGUCCAAAAAGUCAGCCUGACAGAUGUCCCAGCUUAUCCCAAUGUCGCCCCCGAGUCCUGUCCCGUCGACGGACCCGAGAUCCCGGUGCCGGGCUAUUUCAGACUGAGCCAAACUUACGCGAAUGGGAAGCACCAGGACAACUACUGCCAUCAGCCGCCGAGUCCAAACCCAACACUGAUGCAGCUGAGCCGGCUCACCCCAAAACCGCAGUCCACCUCCUCCACGUCCUCCUCGUCGUCCAAUUUUGCAGAGGUGGAGAAGAAAAGUGAGGACCUGCGGCACGACCCCGAGACCUCCAGGACCCCGGUGCCGGCAGAGAGUCCGGAUCCAAAGUCCGGCUCGGAGGAGAAGAGCUGCUCCGUGGAAAUGGAGGCGCCGGUGUCCAGUCCUGAGCUGCUGCAGCAGAAGGAAAGGAAAGAGUGCAAGAGCGACACGCCGACCAGCAACUGGUUAACAGCGAAGAGUGGGAGAAAGAAGAGAUGUCCCUACACAAAGCACCAGACCUUGGAGUUGGAGAAGGAGUUUCUGUUCAAUAUGUAUCUGACCCGAGAGCGCCGCCUAGAGAUCAGCCGGGGCGUCAACCUGUCCGACAGGCAGGUCAAGAUCUGGUUUCAGAACCGCAGGAUGAAGCUGAAGAAGAUGAACAGGGAAAACCGCAUCCGGGAACUCACCUCAAAUCUCACCUUUUCGUGA